GUCUGGGAAGAAAACACGUUGCGGGCGGGUAGUCUGUUUGGGGGAGGCUGGCGAGAGCGCAGCGGAUGCACGGCGCGGCCCCGUGCGAACCGUCGACACCGCAGAGAGCAGGGCGUCGUGGGCAAGCCGAGCCAGCAGCACCGCGUACUUCUGGACUAGGAGCAGCAUGGAGGAGCGGGCGCGGCCCCGCGUCCAGCCCGGCGGCCGGUGACGAGCGUCCGGGGUCGCGCGGAGUAAGCGAAAGGACCCGGGCGGCGAGCGUCAGCGUGCAGGAGCGGCCGGCGCGGGCGGAGCGGCCAUGGCGGGCGGCAGCAGAGGGCCGCGGGCCGGGCGCGGGCCGCUGUCGCGCUCCCGCAGCUUCGACCCGGACCCCGGCGACGGCCGCGGCGGCGCCAUGGACAUGACCCCCAUGGGCCACAUGGGCGGGUACACCGGCGCGGGCAUGGGCCCGUACGGCGGCUACGGCCCCAUGGGGCCCCCGGGCGCGGGGCCCGGCCUGGCCGUCGUAGGCCACGCGCCCCCGCCGGGCUACGGCCCCAGCUACGGGCGCGGCGGCUACGGCCCCGGCCCCGUGUACUCGCCGUACGGGCCGAGCUACCCGUACCAGCACCACCAGCAGCUGGUGCACCGGCCCAACCUGUACACCAGCCCGGCGCACCCCGCCGAGCGCGAGCCCUCCAAGUGCGGCAUGUUCUGGCGCUACGUGUGGAAGCUCUGCUCGUGCCUCUGCUCGCACGUCACGCUCGUGUCGCUCGUCGUCGCGUACUGCGUGCUGGGCGCCUUCACCUUCGAGAUGCUCGAGGCCGGCCACGAGUUGGAGGUCAAGAAGAAUGUCUCCUUCCGGCGCUCCAACGUGACACAGUGGCUGUGGACCAUGACCUCCAACACGCCCGUGCUGUACCAGGAGAACUGGACCAUGUCGGCCAUCGAGCGGCUCAAGCUGUUCGAGCAGGAGCUGCUGUGGCACAUGCGCUCGCAGGGCUGGGACGGCAUCGAGGAUGAGAACAAGCAGCAGUGGACGCUGCCGGGCGCGCUGUUCUACUCCAUCAUCGUCAUCACCACUAUCGGUGAGUGUGCGGGGACAGGAAUUCGACCAGCAAAGAUUUCCUUUAGUCCGUGGUCAUACGCCACACAUUUAUUAACCUCAGUAUCUUAACUAAACUUACAAACA